AUGGGGCUCUCUCACGCCCUCGUUGUCCUCCUUGCUUACGUCGUAUCCAGCUCGCUUGCCGUGACGGUCCAUCGCCUGGAUCUGCCCAUCAUCAACAAGGAAAUCGCACCCGACGGAUAUUGGAGAAAAACCGUCCUGGCGAACGGCACUUAUCCAGGGCCACUGAUCAAAGGCAACAAGGGCGACAACUUUCAGAUCAAUGUCAUCGAUCAGUUGACUGAAAGUCAUGGUUUGGACCCUUACACCAGCAUUCAUUGGCAUGGCAUCGACCAGGACAAGACCAAUCCCUACGACGGGGCAGCAUUUGUUACUCAAUGUCCCAUUGUUCCAGGCCACUCUUUUCUCUACAACUUCACAGUUGAGAAGCAUCAGGCGGGAACUUUCUGGUACCACUCCCACUUCUCAGACCAAUACUGUGAUGGGUUGAGUGGCCCGCUCGUAAUAUAUGAUCCUGUGGACCCUUAUUUGAAUCUUUAUGACUACGACAAUGAGACUACGGUCGUCACACUCGGAGAUUGGUAUCACUACCUCUCGAAUAGCAGGCCUGCAGGGGCCCCUUCGCCGAGUAGUACCCUAAUCAAUGGGCUCGGUCGUUUUCGCGAUGGUCCACAAGUACCUUUAGCGGUGAUCAGCGUGGCUCAAGGCAAACGGUACCGUUUCCGGCUGGUGUCGGUCUCUUGCGACUCAAGCUUCGACUUCAGCAUUGACGGGCAUCAGUUCACUAUCAUCGAGGCUGACGGGAACAAUGUAGAGCCACUAUUGGUUGACUCACUCACCAUAUACGCAGCUCAACGUUACUCCAUCGUGCUCAACGCAAGCCAAAAUGUGGACAACUACUGGAUUCGCGCCGGCCCCGACACCGGAAAAUCCAGCACCUACGAUGGAGGUUUGAACUCAGCGGUUCUACGCUAUAUCGGGGCCCCAGAGGUGGAGCCAAGUACCAACCAGACGGUUUCACUGUUAUCGUUGAACGAGACGGAUCUCCAUGCUCGAGAGAAUCCACAAGCGCCUGGAAACCCCUGGCCAGGAGGUGCUGACCGCAUCAUAACGCUCGCUCCAGCCUUCAACGGAGGAAAUUUCACCAUCAAUGGAAUUGCAUUCCAAAACCCUGAAGUCCCGGUAUUGCUUCAGAUCAUCAGUGGUGCCAAACGCGCGCAGGAUCUCUUGCCACAUGGGAGUGUUUAUCCUAUCAAUAGGGGUGAGACCGUGGAGAUCAUCAUCCCCGGUGUAAUUCAAGCUGGGUCGAACCACCCAGUCCAUCUACACGGCCACUCUUUCUCUGUCGUUCGCAGCGCUGGAUCUUCCGUAUACAACUACGAAAACCCCGUCCGUCGCGACGUGGUCAAAGUUGGUAACCUGCAGAACGACACGACCGUCAUUCGGUUCAAAGCAGAUAAUCCUGGACCAUGGAUCAUCCAUUGUCACAUCGACUGGCAUCUCACAGCUGGAUUUGCGGCCGUGCUUGCAGAGGAUGUGAGGGACACGCCGUUGAAGGACCCGACAUCCCCGGCGUGGCGCGACCUUUGUCCGGUUUGGAACCAGACCCUCACAUUCCCUAAUGGGACUAUCGAUUCCAUACCAGCCGCGUCGCUCAAGGCCGUUGCAGCACCCACCACGACGAUCGACCUGGCAUCCACCGUUACUCUGUUACCCAGCUCAGUUUCAGUGUACUCGGGGACCCCGACGUUUAGUGCGACGCAGUCAUCGGACUAGAAGGUUGAGUGCCACAUCUAUGGGAUUACUGAGUUCCCGUACGAAGGCGUUGGAUGGACCUCGACAUGGACCUUUUGAUCCUCUGGACUGUAUAUGUUGUGUCUCAUUUAUCUGAGUGCUUGAUUGCGACGGAUAUGUUAUACUCUUUCACUUUUGGCUUCUACUUAGCUCUAUUUAUUACUGUCUUUAAUCAGGUAUCUUAUGCACACUUAUUACCCGUACUUUCCGUACUAUGACCACAACGUUAAU